AUGGAUGGGCCUGUUCAUAUUGCAACUAUUUGUAACUGUUGCAUAACUUCCAAGAAUUCGCAUUCUCCGAGUACUAGCCCUAACGCUAAGACAACCGCUGAGCGAAAAUCGUGGAAGGUGUCGCCGGAAAGUAAAAAUCGAAAAACCAGUCCAGUCCCCAAGGCCAAAAUAACAUACGAUGUAGCAACCCAAACGAAUAUCGUAGUAGAUAUACCUAAAAAAGAAGAAAUGGAAAAAGUAAUUAAAGAAUUACAUUCCAAAGUCGAGGUACUGGAAGCGGAACUUAAAACUAGAGAGCCAGAGACCCUCUCAGUUCCAGACCCAUUCGAACAAAUGACAGACUGUUCGAGUGAUGACUUCUUCAGACCACAGCAGAGAAGGAGAUCCAAUAAGCGAAAUGGAAAUUUGACAGUCACCACGGACUUCAGUACAAUGAGAGAUUACGAUUCUACGUUUAAUAAAGGUGAAAAUGAUACUACAGCGAAAAAUGUAAAGCGAAUAAAAGUUUUUAAACCAAAAAAUAAUGUUAAAACUAAUAACGACACGGUGGCUAUUGGUGAUGGAAAUGCUGUGGUCCCAGCUAGGCUUCUUAAGCAUAUUGGUUUGGACUUCAUACACAAACGCUACAAGAAAACUACUACCUACUGUAUUUUCGUGAGGCAAGUACUGGUGACCCACUCCUUAACCGGAAAACCUUCACCAGCAUUUCCAGACAAACCGGCUAAAAAGAAGCUUGAUCCAAUGUUCCUGAAUGACAUUGUGCAGACGGUCGUAGAAAAAUGUUGCGUCCCCCAAAAUGUUGUCAGAGUACUGGUGACCCACUCUUUAACUGGAAAACCUUCACCAGCAUUUCCAGACGAACCGGCUAAAAAGAAGCUUGAUCCAAUGUUAGUAAAUGAUAUUUUGCAGUCGGUCGUAGAAAAAUGUAGCGUCUCCAAAACUGUUGUCAGACUUGGCAUUUACCGAGAACUAGCCCUAACGCUAAGAAAACAGCUGAGCCAAAAUCGUGGAAGGUGCCGGCAGGAAGGACAAAUUGAAAGUCCAGUCCAGUCCUCAAGAAGAAAAUAA